AUGUCUAAAGUUUACCCGACAGGGAUUGUCGGCUACAAAAAGUACCUCAAAGAACGAACAGACUAUAUAAACGACCUAAAAUUAGAAAAGAAAGAGAGAAUGAAGGCUCUAGGUCUAUUGAAAGAUGAAAGUUUGUAUAAAGCUAAGCAGCAGAAGAGUCAGGCUGAGAAGGCACUCAGGUUACACUUAAAAGAAGAGUUAAAAGAAAGAGCAAGGAAAGCCAAACUUAGGGAAAAAGAAAUUAAAAUAAAGCAGGAUCAAAGCAAAACAGAGAUUAUUAACGAUUCUAUUAUUCCUCCUUCCCAAUCUCAUUCUUCCCCUACCCACAGCUUGGAUAACAAAGAAGAAGAAGCUUUAGCUCUUCGCCAAGAACAGGAAAGACAGCGACAGGCUAGGUUAGAACAAGAGAGGAGGAAGCAGCAGAAACUAUUGGAGGAAAGACAGAAUGAGCUGGAUGAGAGGAAUAGGAAGAAUAUAGCUUUAAAAUCGAUUUCUGAAGCAAAGAUGAAAGAUGUAUUAGAAGCUAGAAAGAAGAUGAAAGCAAUAGAGCAAGAGAGCAAGAAUAAAAUAAAAAAGAUGGUGGCAAAUGAAAUUAAGGCCAAGGAGGUUGUAACAAGAAUUAAACAAAAGAGAAUUAACCCUAAUUCGUUCAAGUUUAAUGUCACUGAGCUGCUGAGAAAUCAGAAUGAAAAGAGCCCAUCUAUUGUAGGCUCUUAUACAACUAUUAGAGCAAAAUCACACCUAAGGAGAGAUAAGGAUAACAAAAGUGGAUUUUCCAGUGUAACUUCGAUCCAGAGAAGUCAGUUAGGCUAUCUGAAUGGACAUAAAGACCAAGAUUAUGAAGAUGGAAUUCUUCAUAGUUCAAACUCCCAAUCUCAAACUCUUGACACCAAAAGAAAGUUGCCUUGAUUGAAGAAGAGAUUGGAAAGGUUAGUAAAGCCUCUGGAAUCGAAAGAGGAAACUGUCAAGCUUAAUAGGAAAAUAACUCUUAGAUCAAAGAACAAAAGUCAAGGAAAUAUUCCUGAUCCUAUUAAAACAAUGAAAAGAGAAAGAAAUAGAAUUAUUGAUAGGUUAGCUAUACUCGGAAAUAUAAAUGUGUCCCCAGUUACUAAUAAAAAUGUUACUAUUAAUGAUAUAUGGAGAGGUCAUGACACAAUUGUCGCUCAAUCAAAGCGGAUAGAGUUUGUUAACUCUGCAAGCAAAUUCCAAAGUUCUAGGAAAUUCUAAAAAGACACCACCGAGGAGGAUGAGCCCUCGGCGUAAUAAAGAGACUCAAGAUGAUAGUUUGAAUAAAGAUUCAUCACUGGUAAUGGAUCACCAAAAUACUGAUUCCUUCUUGGAAGGAACGGUGACUUAUGAUGUAACUAAGACUACAAGAAAGAAUAAUCGGAAGGCACUACAAAUGAAUACCCGGGCACUGACUAAAAGUGUGGCUAGACAGAAGGUUCAAACUCUUCAGAAUUCAAUAGAGGGCUGGCUUUCAAAGAAGAUCCAGCAAGUAAACCCUUCUUUUGGAGAAGCUUUCAAAUAUUAUGAUAAUGAGAUUAAUGAAUUGGUUGAAGAUGAUGUCUGAAAGAAGAGAGUAGAUUGCCAGAUGGAAGCUUUUUCGACUAGAUUCUUGAUGGGUCUGAAAAGAAAACAAAGGAUGAAUGAGUAUUGGAAAGGUAGAGUCCGUAAAGAUUUUACAAAGCUUGACGAUAGUGAAGAUUAAAGUAUCCAAGAUAUCCGAAAUCAGCUGGCAAAUAUAAAUAUUUCUAACUCAUCAAAACUAAUAUACCAACUUACCUC